AUCACUUCCUGCCCCUGAAGCCCUAGCCGGCUUCUUCCUUAAGCUCGGGGCUGGUCAGAGUCUUCCGAACGCGUCCGGCCUCGCGGGUUGGGCGGCGGGUCGUCCGGGGUGUGGCUACCGCCGGCCCCUCCUCCGCGGGCUCCCAGCCAAGUCGGUUGCUCAGCUCUCGGCUCAGGGUCUAGGCUCUGGCCCUCAUCGCUACCCGCACCCGCACUCACCCCUUUACCGGACCAUGGCCCACGCGGAGCGCACCUUUAUUGCUAUCAAGCCCGACGGCGUGCAGCGCGGCCUGGUGGGCGAGAUCAUCAAGCGCUUCGAGCAGAAGGGAUUCCGCCUUGUGGCCAUGAAGUUCCUUCAGGCCUCUGAGGAACUCCUGAAGCAGCACUACAUUGACCUGAAAGACCGCCCAUUCUUUCCAGGGCUGGUGAAGUACAUGAACUCAGGGCCAGUUGUGGCCAUGGUCUGGGAGGGCCUGAAUGUAGUGAAGACAGGACGAGUGAUGCUUGGGGAGACCAAUCCAGCAGAUUCUAAGCCAGGCACCAUUCGUGGUGACUUCUGCAUUCAAGUUGGCAGGAACAUCAUUCAUGGCAGUGAUUCAGUAAAAAGUGCUGAGAAAGAAAUCAGCUUGUGGUUUAAGCCUGAAGAACUGAUUGAAUACAAGUCUUGUGCUGUUGACUGGAUAUAUGAAUAAGAGAUGGUCAGAGCAUCAGUCCCUUCAGGCACCACUUCCUGUGUUCCUGGGCACAGCUCUUCAUUCCGCUGAUAUGGAAGAAGCAGGAUGGAUGUUUCUUAAGCAUAUUUACCAAUAAAGCCUUUAAAAACUGCA